AUGAAAACGAAUUCGGCCGGAAGCCGCAAGGUCGGAAGCCCCAUGGUCGGAAGUGGGAGCGCCGCUUCGUUGUACCCCAUGGACAGGAGGACGAAACUGCAGAGCAGGAUGCAGAGGCAUGAUGCUGGAAGCCUGAGGAACUUGCUGUUGGCGGUUGUUUUCUUGAGCUCCGAAGGCUCGCGGGUUCAGCCCUUUCAUGGUACGCACGGCCCAAGGAGGAGCUACUUUGUCCUUGACUUGCGAGGAGGCGACGGGGACGAUCGACGAGGCUCAACCAAGGACAUGAUGGAGGCGAGCCUUGCGGCAGGACUGAAGCCCUUUGAGCUGAGAUGCUGCAGGUGCCGUCUGACUGCAUCGCUUGCAAGGAUGUCCAACUGCAGGAUCUGGGUGGAUCCAAAGACAAACGUUCCAGGAUAUCCCUACAGACAAAUCUUCUUCCUCGGAACUCCGGACGAAGUGGCCCAGGCGAAGUUGCUAGUGAAGGAGACUAUCGAGGGCCCAGAUGCUAGCAAGGGAAUCGUGAAGGAUGUUCUUGCGAUCCCCGACGAAUGGGUUGGAGCCAUCAUCGGGAAGGGAGGGAUCGUGCUGAAGAACAUCAUGUCAGCUACGGACACUAGAAUCUACAUUCCCGGUGAGAGCCCCCCGGACUCGGACUCGAGGCUGAUCAGCAUUAUGGGGGCACCAGCUAAUGUUGCAGAAGCCAAGACAGGGCCCAGUUGA